UGUGACUGACCCGAGCGCAGUCUACAGUGGUGUUAGCGAGCUCUCGUUAGCACGACGAUACAGUUUAACUCGGUAGAAACAGUUCACUUAUGCUAAAUCCUUACGAUACUUAAUAAAAACAUAUGAGUAUUCAUAGUUGUGAUGAAUUAAACGGCUUUAAAAAAGUGCUAGUGUUGUCUAAGCUAGGCCUCGGUUUAACUGCUCUGCAAAUGAAAGUAUGGAGACCGACCCAAAAUGUAAACAGUGUUGUUAAACAUCUUUGGGGAUUAAUCUGAUACUUUUGGGGACCUACACAACCGCGAUUCAUGUCGCUUGCUAAACCGUUUGAUCUGGAAUUUCAGAAUGAACGGUACGCAGCAAAAUGACCUGAAAAGACAAAACCUGUUAGAGAGACUUCUUGAUGCAGUUAAACAGUGCCAAAUUCGCUUUGGUGGCAGAAAGGAGAUUGCCUCAGAUUCUGAUAGCAGAGUCAUAUGCCUAUGUGCCCAGUUUGAAGCAGUACUUCAACACGGCUUGAGGAAAAGUCGCGGUUUAGCCCUCACAGCAGCUGCCAUUAAACAUGCUGCUGGAUUUACUAGUAAAACUGAAGCAGAGCUGACGUUCUGGUUUUAUGUGAAGGAGCACCUCAACCGUCAUGAGUUGCAGCGCUUCUACUCUCUGCGGAAUAUCACAUCUGAGCAGGGCCGGGGCCGGGCAUGGCUUCGUUGUGCCCUGAAUGAACACUCGCUAGAGCGCUAUCUUCACAUGCUUUUGGCAGACCAUGCCCGCCUUAGUGCCUUCUAUGAAGACUGGGCUUUUGUCCUGGAUGAGGAGAGAGCCAGUAUGCUGCCCACCAUGGCUGCAGGGCUCAAUUCCAUACUGUUUGCCAUCAACAUCGACAACACGGACCUAAAUGGCCAGGCCCGCGGGGGGUCGUCUGUGUCCCACCUGCUUAAGGAGUCCACACAGGGCAUGAGCAGUUUGUGGAAAGAGUCUACUCAAGGUGUCAGCACUCUUCUGCGGGAAAUCGGUACUGCCACUGCGGUGGUUCCUGGUUUUAUCCCUCGCUCGGAUGCUUCAUCAGACCCACUGCCCGUCCUGCCCCGCAGCACUUCUGCAGAUUCCGGUUUAAGAAAAGAGCGCAGACGUAAAAAGAAGAUCACAAACAUUAUCUCUUUUGAUGAUGACGUGGGCGUGGAAGAUGAGGACGAGGCUGGUGAGGACGUUGUGAGGAGUCUUAGGAAGAGUACGGCGGGUCAUGUGAGUUCUGAAGAGGCUCUGGAGCCUCCAGACUCUACCUCUCCCAUUCAUAACGGCCUGACUGAGCCUGGGAUCGUGAGCUGGGCUGAAACACCCCCGCAGAACGGAGUGCUGCCUGAUACCAAGAGCAUUGACAAUGAGGAGGAGGAAGAGGACGAUAUUUACGGAAAGAGCAGGCCGGAGCACUCAGAAGAGGAUCAUGGGAAUGGGGAGCCGAUGGUUGUGGGGAGUUUAUCCAGUGUUUCCACAUGGAGUCCAAAGCAAAUCAUCACUGAUAAUGACAAUGACAAUAACAACUCACACAUUCUCAUACCUCUGGCCCCCAGCGAGCCCUACACACAACAAGCUGGUCAUUCAGUUGAGAAUGUCGAAUUUCAUGGACAGAAGGAGAGCUCAAGCCCACCAACUGACAGUGAAAAACGAAGCCAACUCCAGUUUAGCAUGGAGCCCGACUUGUCAGCGCAGAUUGCGCCUGUGACCAGUGUUCUGCUGACCCCUGGCCUUCCAGAAUCCAUGACCGUUGCUGAACUGCGGCAAGCCAUUGUGGCCAUGAUGAACAGGAAAGAUGAACUCACUGAGCAGAACACGUCUCUGCGCAGUCUCCUGGAUGGAGAGAUGGAGCACUCUGCUGGGCUCAGGCAGGAGGUCGACAGCUUGAAGAAGAGACUGGCUGAACUAGAGGAGAGACAUGCAGCCAAAGUCCAAGCUCUCAUGAGAGAAAACGAGGUUUUGAAGGUCCAGCUGAAGAAAUAUGUUGGAGCUGUCCAAAUGCUGAAAAGGGAAGGCAGCGAAGGCAAUGAUGCAUUAACCAUUCAAAGGAGUUGUGACGGUCCCCCUCCAGCCCUGCAAAACCGGUCUGUGGCUGAUAUAGAGGAACUGGCUGCCAGCUAUGAGCGUAAACUCAUUGAGGUGGCUGAGAUGCACGGAGAGCUGAUAGAGUUUAACGAGAGGCUGUACUGCUCCCUCAUGGCCAAAGACAACCUGAUCGGACAGAUGAGACAGGAACUCAUCGACCUGCGCGGCCCGGUGCCAGGGGACCUGAGCCAGACCUCUGACGAUCCCAGCCUAUCUGACUUCGAGACAACUCAACGUGCCCUUGUCAACGUGUGGAUCCCGUCUGUGUUCCUUCAAGGUCGAGCUGCCAACGCCUAUCAUGUAUAUCAGGUGUACAUUAGAAUCCUGGACAAUGAGUGGAAUGUGUACCGGCGCUAUGCUGAGUUUAGGGCACUGCACAAUUACCUGCGGCCGCAAUUCCCACAAGUCGACACAUUCAAUUUCCCACCUAAAAAAGCCAUCGGCAACAAGGAUGCAAAGUUUGUAGAGGAGAGGAGGAAACAGCUGCAGUCAUACCUGCGUAUGGUGAUGAAUAAACUGAUCCAGACACUGCCUGAAUUCACUGCCCAGCCCACAAAGGAAACUUUACUGCAGUUGCUGCCUUUCUGCCAGGACAACCCGUCAGCUAAUGAGAGUGGUGCCAAAACUGCCCGAUCCAAAGCCUCCAGCCGCUUCCCCAGACUAGGCCGCAACUCAGGUCGUGAAACCCGGAACCCGGAACCCCAGAGCGGUGACCUUUAACCUCUUGAGCGUAAUCCUCAGAACUCAUCAGUAUGGAUGUACCGAGCCAAGGACCUUCUCUUCUAUUAUGGAUGUACUGUACAUAGCGCCACUGUUGGAGACUAGCUGGGUCUAGAAACGACGAACAAAAUCAGCAAGAAAAUGCGGCGUGAAUUGGUUUAGUGGCAGAAGUUUCAGUUACUAUUGUGCCUAUUGAUUUAUAACAGAUGUUGUUUUGGGGAAAAGUCGAGAUGUCAUUUUGACUAACAGCAGUGACAUGAAACUGUUAUGAGACUGUGAUGAGAAUUGUGUGAUUGUCUGGAAAUUAUUUGCACAUCAUCAUAUUGUUUGACACAUGGGACUUAAUUUUAUCUUUCUAUUUGUAUACAUUUUGUUACCAUGCUCUGCUAUGUAUGAGGCACAAAGUUAGAUGUAAUUUUAUUAUGACUGCACUUAUAAUAGAUAUACAAAACAAUCACUUUUCACCUUCCUGUUCGCAAUAAACCCAAAAAACAUAUUUCAGAUUUUAGAUGAACGUCCAGUGAUGGUCAGAAUGGGAUGCGUUAGUCAGGUCUGGGCUCUCGCACUCCAGAGCCCUUGUCGUCUGUUCCUGAAAACCUUUCAUUGGAAAUUUCCCGGGCUGCCAUUAUCCUGUAUGACCCCAAGAGUACUGUUACACAGAAACCGGCGCGGAUGGGGCAUUGUGUGGACUGAACAGAAGAGAAUUUCGUAGCAGGGGAACCUCCACUGAGAGAUUAUUUUGCCCUAUUUGAAAUACAAGCACAAUAAUGAUUGGGACUCAUUACUAAUAAAUAGUAUUUAUGGUUUUAACAUGUUGUAAUGUCAAAGAGAGGAACCAUGAUGUGUUUAAAUGAAUAAAUAGUCCGCUAUCAAACUGAAUGUGAUGUAGAAUUGCCAUCAGAUUCUGUUCAGCUGUAACACAUACAGUAGCAGAUCUGUUGUGUGCUUUGCAUAUUUCUCUGUUUGCAACCUUUUGUACUAGUAAGCAACUGUAUAUGAUGGUUUUUCUUAAACAGUGUAUCUUUUGUCCUAAACGUGACAGGACGCAGCUGUUUUGCAGCCUUAAGAAUACAUGAGCUUAAUGAAUACAUAAAUAAAUACAAGUUCCAA